AUGAUAACUGAACAGACGACCAAUUAAGUAGAAAAGAGGUCUCCUAUAUUUAGUAUUACAAUUGAAAUUGCUGAGGAGAAACACCAUCUGCAUAUUUUUAAAUAUGAUACUCCUUCUCAAAUAGCUUAUAGAUUUUGCAUUCAGAAUAAUUGGGAUUUGGCAUGCGUUACUCCAGUUUCUAAAAAAAUAUAAGAAGUAUUCGAAUAGUAUCUGAGGAAUCCUUAGCUGGAACCAAAGUUAAGAAGGAAAUUAGAGUAAAUUAUACCAAAUGAAGGUUAAAACUCAAAGUAAAAUUUGGAGUAGAACACAAAAGGUAUUUAGAAUAGUAUUUAAGAGUAGCAAGAUAAAAUAAAAACGCUAAAGGGUCUUACUAUAACAGAUGAGAAAGAUAGCAAUUAAAAAUAGGCAGAAUCUGUUUAUAUUUAAAAGUAAAUGGGGAAUUAAAUGCAGGAAUAAGAUAUGAUUAGGUAUUCCAAAGUAAAUUAAGAGGAUUUAAACAGUUUCAAUGGAGUUAAUCAUGAUUUAGAUAAUCGAAAUAGAAAUUUAUAUUUGUUGGAUUAUAGCGGGGUUAAUACUCCUUAGAAUAACAAUACCAAUAACACUCAUCAGUAGAAUAAUAGGAAUAGCAACGAAUUUAAUAAGUUUUAGCAAAAUAUGAUGGAAAAGAAGGAGUCAAGUGGCACUCUGCAGAGCAAUUAAAGCAAUUCAAAAAAAUACUUUAAUUACAGUUACAUCGCAAAUAAAGUUUAAGAAUAGGCUAUGAAGAAAAUUGAUGAGAAGAAGCAAAAAUCAGAGCAGAAAAAGAGAUCUAAUUCCCUUGACAACACAUCUUCUUAGAGCUAGUUAAAUUUCAAGUGUGUUCCACCUCCUCCACUGCUAAAUUACAAUUAGAUGAGUAAAGAUUCUUCUACAAGGAAUAUUCAGUUUUCUGAAGUCAUAUCAGUUCCUUUUAAAGAUGCCAAUUCUAUUUAGUUUAGAGAUACGCACUCAACUAAUUUAAAGGAAAACCUUUCCUCUAAUCUAUUCAAAGAAGGAUUAAGCGACUCUCGCAAAAACAUUUAAAAUUUAACUAGCUCCAAGUCGCAGAAUCAAAACUCAAAUAGCAAAAUAAAUCCUUACUCUAAAAUACUGAGAGAACAAAACUAGAAUGGUAGUUACAAUGAGAUGAAUUAUUUUAGAGGACUUAAAGAGUCUUUUUUAAAUGGGUAAAAUUAUUCAAGUGUUUUGAAACAAAUGCAAAAUGAGUCAAAAAGCAAGGGCCGUGACUCUAAAAGUAGCUUGGAAAGAGCAUCGUAACAGAAUAAUAUAAAAAAAGAUUAGGAAAAUUGGAGAGGAACUAGCAGUUCAAUAAACAUGAAAGAUUUUAUAAACAAUUAGAAUUGCUUUAGUAGUUCAUAAAAGCCUUAAAUAGCAUCAAAUCCUUAAAUUAACAGCGAAAAUAAAAGCAAGUAUAAAAAUUAAAAAUUAGAAAGCAACUCUCUUGGAAGAAACAAUGGGAAUAAUUCAAGUAAUUUAAAGUAAAACAAAAAAUAAAUGCAAUCAGGUUCUUUAAGUCCACCAAGAAGCACAAGAGGCUUAGACAAUCCUACACUCUAUGAGAGAGGAAUACAUUUUCUAGAUUAAAAAUAGAAUAAAAUCGAGUAAUUCAAACAAAAUACAUGGGACAGAAUGAUGAGCGCAUGCACAUUUAUUCCUUAAACCAAUCAAAAAGCGAACGAACAUUUGCUGCAAUAUCGCGAUAAAAGCAUGGAUCCUUACAAUUAAUUGUACCAAAACUCAAAAGUUAUUUAAAUUAAAAAAGACCUUAUAAAAAAUAAACUUAUGAACUAAGAAAUCAAAGAAUUUUCUUUUAAGCCAAGCCUGAACCCAAUCAGCUAAUUAAUCAUUAAAACUAAAAGAUAAAACUCAAUCAGUGAAAACACUUCAAACUUUGAGAAUCAAAAAACAACCAAAAUCAGCCAAAUUCAAUAAGAAAUGCUAAAGGAAUGCACUUUCCACCCUAAAAUAAGCAAGCACAGUGAGAAAAUUCAUAAGACUCACAACGGCAACACGAGUGUCUAUGACAGAUUAUAUGUCAAAACAAAUAAAAAGAACUCAAAGGGAGAAAAGCAGCAAUCCUAAUAAUAAUAAUAAUAAUUGUAAUGCAACAAUCAAAGCUACUAAAACAGUUAAAGUUAAUAAAACAGCUCUAACUACUAAAAUACUCAAAGCUAUUAGAACAACUAAAGUUAUUUGAACAACUAAAAUUAUUAUAAUAACAAUUAAUUUAUUACUUAUCCAGACCAAGAAGGAAAUAAUUAUUUCAGCGAAAGCACUUAAUUUAAUAACUAGAAUAACAAUCAAACUCAUAUUUAAAACUAGGAUUCAUAUAAUUAGCAAUACUUUAAUUCUACCAAUUACGAUGAUGCUCAAAAUUAAUAAAAUGGCUAUAUUAAUAGCAAUAAUUACUACAAUCCCUAGAGUGAAAAUGCAGGAAAUGUUUCAUUUUCGUAAGAUAAACAUGGCUAUUUAUCUUAUCAGUAAAAUCCUUAUUAGCAAUAGCUUCUCAGUAGUGAUUUCUUUAACAACAGCUAAGCAUCUAAUAACAGCAACUCAUUACAAUUUUAAAACAACAACAACAGUUAGAAUAAUAACAAAUUUAAAUAUUUUAAUAAUAAAAGCUAAUAAAUGAGUUCGACAUUAACAAAUUAGCAACAUCAAAACACAUUUAAUUAAAAUACUUCUAACAAUCUCUCAUUGGUAAACUAAAGUGAUUUGAAUCUAAGCUCUACAUAAAUUAACUUCAGUUAAUAAGCACUUUAAGAUUUAGUUCAUACACAGGACAAUUUCAAAAAUUUGCAUAACGAUUUAUAGAGCAGUGAACAAAUAAACUUCCUUCCUAAUUAAAAUGAUUGCAACAGAAGCUUUGGAGAUACUAAAAAUAAUAACAGCUUUAUAGUAAGUAAAACAUAAAAUAAUCCAAGUCAGGCUAGUUCUUAGGGUAAAAAGAUUGUUUAGAAUAACAGCGCUUUUAAUAGCUAAAAUAGCUAAUUUAAAAAUAUGGAAAGACAAUCGCUGAACGAAAGCAGAGACAACAAAAAUCCAAAACCUAAAAAAGAUUCGUCAGAAAAUGCUUACAAGAGGAGUUUCUCGCCUAAUAAAAACUCAAUAGCUCUUAUGGAGAAAAAAAAGAGACAAAGAUUUGAAGAAAUAUUUAUUUUGCUUGACUCCGAUAAAGAUGGUUUAAUCUCUGCUUAAAAUAUAAGCAUUUAAGACUUACCAGACGAAAUAUUGGUAAUCAUAGCACCUCUUUUAUAUGAAUUAGAAGAUAUGGAUGCUGAGUUAACCUUGUUAGAGUUUAUGGAUGCCUUUGAGAGGUUAUUCAAGUAGCUAUCCUUAAUUGAUAAGAAUAAAUUACUCUUAUUUGACACAUAUUAAAAGUGGUAAUAUGAAAAGAUAUAACUCCAUUAAAAAGACGCGAACUUCUAGCCAUAAAUUAAUCCUUAAAGUGAAAUAAUUGCAUAAAUCUCUAGACCAGAAAGAGGCUCUGAAAACCUAUAUGAUCUAUACAAGGAAAAAGAUAGAAUUUGUGAGGAAAAACUAAUGCAAAAAAGAAGGGAAAAAGAAAACGAAAUAAAUUAAUAAUGCACAUUUCAUCCUAAUAUCAAUCACACUAACAAUUUAAUAGAAAACAACAAAACUGUUAAAGACCCUAGUUAAAUCAAUACAUGUUAAAAAUCAUUUUAAGAAUUUAUGUAAAAUCAUACAAAGAUAAUUUGA